AUGUCUUUGCCUCAUAAGCCUGUGGACGGCGAAUCCCCAAGAAAAUCCGUGGAGUCGCCGAAAAAGCCUGUUCGGAAAGUAAUUGCUCCGCGCCGGUCAAGAAAGGAAGAAGAAUUGGCUUACGGGCGUGUAUUUCAAGGGUGUGGGCUGCAAAGUGAUUAUGAUGUCACUACAAAGCUCGGUGAAGGUACCUUCGGUGAAGUCCACAAGGCCGUCCAAAAAUCGACCGGCAACCUCGUGGCGUUGAAGCGGAUCCUCAUGCACAACGAGAAAGAGGGAAUGCCAGUCACGGCCCUUCGGGAAAUCAAGAUCCUGAAAGCCCUGAAACACCCAUGUAUUAUCGAAAUCCUGGAUAUGUUUGUGGUUCGCAGCAACGAGAACGAGCCUCUCACUGUGUACAUGGUGUUCCCUUAUAUGGACCAUGAUCUAGCUGGUCUUCUGGAUAACGAGCGAGUCAAGCUACAACCCAGUCAAAUUAAAUUAUAUAUGAAGCAGCUAUUAGAAGGCACAGAGUACAUGCACCGUAACAAUAUUCUGCAUCGUGAUAUGAAGGCCGCGAACUUGCUUAUUUCCAAUACAGGAUCCUUACGAAUAGCUGACUUUGGUCUCGCCCGGGCUUAUGAUUCCAAACCUGCAGAUCAUCGGGGUAGGGAGCGGAAGUAUACCAAUUGUGUUGUGACACGAUGGUACCGACCUCCUGAACUGCUCUUAGGCGCGAGACAGUAUGGCGGCGAAGUAGAUAUCUGGGGCAUUGGGUGUGUUCUUGGAGAGAUGUUCAACCGCCGCCCCAUAUUACCUGGGACGUCCGACAUUGAUCAGCUGGAAAAGAUAUGGCAACUCUGUGGAACUCCCACCCAGCAUUCUUGGCCAAAUUAUGACACACUUCCAGGAUGCGAAGGACUUCCUCGUUUCACACAGACUCUUCCUCGGACAAUCAAGAUGAAAUUUGUCAGUGUGGAGCCUGAGACAGUCGACCUUCUCGAUAAGCUUCUGACGUGUAAUCCGAAGGAACGCAUUACAGCAGCUCAGGCGCUGGAUCACGAAUACUUUUGGACCGAUCCAUUGCCUGCGGAUCCAAAAACUCUGCCUACAUACGAAGCUUCCCAUGAAUUCGAUAGACGUGGACAGCGCGCGCCUGUUCACCGGCCGGUUGUGCAGCCUCUGCCUCCUGCUCCUAGACCGCCUUAUUACGGAAACGGACCGCCUCCUGGACGAUACGGUGGCCCCCCUCCUGGAGCACCACCAUUCGGUUCCUACCCGCACAACCCGCCUGGUGGCCCACCUUCUCAAUAUCCUCCUAAUGCUGGACCGCCUCGAGGAGGAUAUGCCGGCGGAAGUCGUGGUGUUAAUAAUUUCAGAGGCUCGAGGCCCCAUAACAGUAGGCCUUUCCAUCCACGAGGUGGUCCUCCUGGAGGGAAUCGCGGUGGUGGUCCGCAGCCUCCGCGGAAUUGGAGGAAUGGGCCUAGUAGUGGUCUUUCGCUUAAUUAUCCUCCUUAG